AUGGGUCGUUCAUUUUAUUCCGACGAGGAGGACAUUUUGCCCACUCCGGGGCUUAACCAGGCGAUUCCGAAGGACCUCAGUAAAAAGGAGGACUUACUCAGAAACCCACACAAGCAGGUUGUGGAAGGAAAAGUCAUCAGUACCAAUAGCACGCUCGAGAAAUACGCCAAACAAGCUCGUGAAUAUGCUGUUCAAAAGCUGGACAUAUUCGAUGCCGAGUAUAGAAACCUUCAUGCUGCAUAUCUGAACGAGAAGCGCAAUGUCAUUGAGAAAUAUCACCAACUCGUUGCCGAGCCUGUUCUGCCUUCUGGAUUGUACAUUUUGACUGCUAUGCUAACAGGUUCGAUCAUGGUGCGUACCAGGUCUCUGCCUCUUCGGUUUGUGACCCCUGUGGCUUUUGGAUUAGCUGCCACGAAGUAUCUGAUGCCAAAGACCCUGCAGAACACUACAAGCUGGCUAAGUUCUCUCUCAAGAGAGCAUAUACCGGAAGUGAGCAAGCACAUGGACGAAACUGUUGCACAGGUUUCAGAUUGUUUGUCUAACAUAGAGAAGAAACGCUACGAAUGGAGGCAAUCGCUUACAGAUAGCGUCAGAACAGCAAGACUGGAGGUUCUUCAGUGGACGCAGGAUAAAAAAUGA